AUGUUGUCGCACGCGGCCUCAGCAGAUGUCCUCUGCGGAGAACCGCCAGCAGCAUUGCAAGGGCAUGCUCACAGCCCGCAGAGGUUGUCUUCUGCAUCUACUUACUCCGCCAGAAGUUGUGUAGUAGCCUUCCCAACAUCGUCCGGGUUCUCCAGUCCUCCCGGAUCGUCUUCACAACGACUGGACCAGCACACGGAAACAGCUUGUGAAAAGAAGUCGCAUUCUGCGCCGGGGAUGGUGACGCAGGUGGAUCAGGACGCACGAAGGAGGACAAGUUUCGCGAAUGCCACUGUCAUGAGUCAUUCUUGUGAAGCUGCACGACCACGAGAAGAGCCAGCAGGGGCGAUGCAAUUAGAACUACCACAGAUGAACGACGACAUCUUCUCCUGCACCGGGAAAAUUCACUGCAACAGCAACAGCCGAUCCUCAAUUUCUUGUACCCGACGGGAUUUGAGUAGUAGGGAAGAGACUGGUAGUUGUUGGCGUCGCAACGUCGCUACCAGUGCAAGAAGUUGGUCAUCUUCCACUCUUGUAGAAGAGGCUCCUUUGGUCUGUAGUUCGCUUGUUCGCUGCACUACAUUUCGUGGCGUCGGACGACCAGGGCAAGAAGGUGGUGCAGCUUCCGUUCCAAAUCAUCAAUCUCGUGAACACGUCGGCCACGAAGUUUUAGAACCCUCUCGCCAACAACAGCGAAAGAUGCAGCAAGCAACGUCGCAACUGCAGGACCUCGAGCACGUCGUUGGGAAGAGGAUAAAAAGCGCAACCGGUUCACCCGUAGUUUCAACUACAGUGAAAACAGCCCGCCCCAGCUCCUGCUCGGACAGUAGAUCACUUUUCAAAUCAACAAUGUGGUCACGACUAGAAGGGCCGCUGAAGAGACUUUUCUUACCGGUGCGAAAGUACAACAAUCUCAUCCGGCAGAAGAACGAAGCUAAGGAAACGAGCAGAAGUAGAACCCAAGGAGCUUCUACUGUCUCAGCCAGCUCGAUGCAGGACAAAGAGAAGACGAAAUCAACUAGAAAGAACUCAUUUUCAACAGGGGCAACAACCGCAGCAAAAACCACUGCGACCAUGUUUUUCUUUCUCGCAUCUUCAAUUAUCAUCCCUGAAGCAUCCGCCUCGGCCUUGCUUUCUUCUUUAAACCUCGACGACUGCCAGUGCGCGGUGGAAGACGGAAGGUGUCCGAACGGGUACUCCUGCCACUGCGAAAAGCCGAAGGAUAUUCUGGGCGAUCCCUACGACUGCGCGACGGAUACUAAGUGCUACAACCCGGUGUGUAUCAUGUGCAAGUAUGUCUGGGUCUGGAAGAAUGCAUGUUUGUCAUGCUUGUCGGGCAUGACUCUUAAGUCUGUGAUGCACGGCACCCAAGAGCUCCACUGUUCUGUCAUGCAGAAACGCAGUUUGUCAUGCAGAAUAGGCAACACCUAGAAGCUCAGAAACUUGUCAUCCUGAGCCAGCACUUGUGGCCUCCUCAUGAUACGCCACCCAGCAUCACAAGUUUCCAGACCCAGACGCAGACACAUUUGCAAUGCAUAGUGCGCCCGGCCGGGUACUGGAAGUGCUGCUUCGACUGCGAAUACAAUUCCUGCGCGUUCUAUGGAUGUGUCAGGAUCGAAAUCGACAAAGUCGAGAAAUUUGUGAUGCACAAAAUGUAGGGCACUGAAGGCCUGUAUUGGGCAGCAGGCAAAUGAAACCGAUUGUAAGCCUGUUUAGGGGCGGUAUGCAAUGCGCUGCCAGAGUAGCAUGACAGGAGCAGUCUUCUUUGCCUAGACAGCAUGACAUACUGGCCUUGGGUGCUCCCGAAAUUUGUCAUGCGCCGCUUGGAAACUGAGGCUCCAACUGGUAUCGAUUUUGUGCAUCACAAAUUUUUCGACUUUGUCAAUUUCGAUUCUGACACCUCCAUACUUUCCAAGACGGGUUUUACAUCCAGUCGCCGUCUUAUGAGAGUGCACAACUUGUUCCCCUCCCCCUCAUUUGUCAUGCAAAAACCCCAAAUCCAAGUGAUAAUUCCAUGUGGCAUUGUUUGCAUGACAGAUUCCGGAAGCCCAACCAGUACUACGCUAGGCGCAUGAAUCUGUCAUGCACAGGCUCCGCGUGUGCUGGUGUUUGUCGUGCUGUUCAUGCAAUACAAAUGAGGGGGAGUUCGGAGUUGUGCACUGUCAUACGUCGUUCCAGCAAGCCAGCUUUCUCCGGCCCUUCUGGCUCGAGGAAGCCAUCGUCACCCACGUGACGGAUCCGAGUGCAGAUUCCAGUGGCGGCUAUGAAUUGCAAAAGUUAAAGUAGCGUACAAGUAGUCAAAAUUGCAAUACAAACUAGCGCAGCACGACUAAUUGAAUUUCUUGUAGCCAUUUUGGCUCAAGAUCCCUUUGAAAUUCUCACCUCACCAAUAAAUCGGUGGGUGGGGGGGUCUUCGAGUUUUUUACUCUUACCACAGCGGCACCGUGUAGAGGUAGUUGACAUUUUACUGAAUGAGAGACGUAGAACGCAGCUACAAUUUACACCGCACUAGAAACAAGUUGGUAGAUUGAGUAGGCUACGAUCAUAACGCAAACAGACACUGAAUGCGAAAACUACAACUCACUUAUAAAAACUACACAUAUUCAAAAUACGCAACUCAGAAAUAAGACUAGAAAUACGCAAGCCCAUCCAUAAAAACAAAAAAAUCUAAAAACAAAAAAAUAAACUCAAUAUAUGCGCGCAACGCUAACGGGGAAAAGCCGCGAACCUUACCAAGACAAGCGGAACAGAGACGCGACUACUUCCAGACCAAGAACUUCGGAGCUUGAACAUUGUGGACUUCAGAUUUCGCAUCUUCGACUUCAGAAAGAGCUGCAGAAAACCGCGACCGCCAAAAGCAAGUCUCGGGCGCCGUACAUUGAUAAGAGCAGGCAGCAGAAGACUUCGCCACAGCAAAAAGCCAGGGCCGGCCACAAAGCAAGGGCAACUAGUAACACGCGACGCAUUGGGCUCGCUGUCAUUUUGCCUGCGUUCGAAGUCGGCGAGAGCGAAGCAAGAGAGGACCGCUGAUACAGAAUGAAAGGAGAGCGGCUGCGAAUGUGAAUGGAGCAGGAAAAGAUAGCAGUAACUGGAACAAAAGUUCCGCCCUUUAUAGUGAAGAUGGAGGAUAGGCGGGAGAUGAGUCCUGCUCAAGUCGUUUGCUACUUUGCUUAGCCCACCAUAAAACUUCCGGGGACGACUUGAUGAGGAUUGAGGACAGCUGUGUUACAUUUCGUCGAGCCGCUUGCUACUUUGCUUAGCCCACCAUAAAAACAUCCGGGGGCGACUCAAUGAAAAGGACAUAGCAAGAACAGCUUCACUAUAUUUAUUAUUUAACCCCGUGCUGGGUAAUACUACUACUACUACUUGUCAUGCUGAUGUACCUUAAUACGGCAGAAUUGUCAUGCACGGCUGCAAUUAGAUGACUUACUACGAGCACGAUACUUUUGCACAGGAUAGCGGCAGUUCCUCGGCGAACUCCGACACCGGUUCUGCUGUGUACUCCUCCGACCGAAUCGGCCCGGCGGCCAACAACGGCGCGGCCAGUGCGCUGUCCGGCAUCACCAACGUGCAACGUGCCGACGCGGGGACGCCCCUCACUCCCGUGGUGAAAGAAAACAUCAAGCCGCCCAUCGUCUCCGGGACGGACUACCACGGUGCUAUCAACGGCAUGCACGGGGGUCGGGAGCUGAACCUGAUGAACACGGAGCUCACGCUAUCCUGAGUAAAAACGUUCCCACACCAGAGUUGUCAUGCAAAUCUGCAUGCCAAAAAAGUUUGUCAUGCGGAGCGCCAUGAGAGGCAUUUUCUAGCCGUGUUUUGGAAUUUGUCAUGCUACAAUCAGCGUGAUAUACUAGAUCUGUGAUGCUGCUGAACUACCUAAACAGGAUUGCACUAGUACGAGGACAAACUUGUCAUGCCAAAUGACCAAAGCUGGCUGAUUUGUCUAGCAGAUUUCCCAUCGUGACUCUGGUGUGGGGACGUUUUUACAAAUGAUACACACUGAGCUCCCGGGGCCGCAUGGAGUGCCUCCCCUGCCGGAAAGGCGACUACUGCAUAUGCAUCGCAAAAGUAUCGUACUAGUAGGAAUAACGUUACAAAUUUUCUCAGCAUGAUGAGAAAGGAAACUUGUAAUGCGGAUUUAAGUUGGCAAAAAAAUGUGUAAUGCAUAAAAUGCGAUUAGUACGAGUGCGAUACUUUUACAAUGCAUACUGGACCGGGUGCGACAACUUUGCGAAGUGCCCGGAGGAAGAGCGUAUCAAAUGCAAAAGUGUCUGGGUCUGGAAGAGUUCCAACUUGUCAUGCUAAGUCUGGAUCAUGCAAAACUCUGUCUUGCGUGAUCACCAAAAGCUGCACUUUUUUAACCAACACGAGAGGCAGUUUCUCAUGCAGAAUAGGCAUGAUACAGAGCUCGCAAAAUCUGUCAUGCUAGGUCCUGCAUUCCAGACCUCGUAGGGCAUCGAAAUUUUGCAUCACAAGUUUGUAUUCUUCCAGACCCAGACAUAUUUGCAAUCCAUAGAGCGCCGCGACGCGCUGCGGGGCUAUGCCCGGUACAGCGUGCCGAGGCUGAGCAACUCGAAAUCGGUUUUCGCCAGGGAGUAUAAAUUGCAAAAGUGUAUCGUAGUCAUACUAGUAGAACUUCAACUUGCUCAACAGCAUUUUUACAAAUGAAACUUGUAAUGCAGAAGAUCUACCUUAAGAAAUACAUUGUUGCACGAUUGCAAUCACUACGAGUACGAUACUUUUGCAGUUCAUACGGAGUGCGCCCGCUGCCCGGACGGGUGGGAGCCUGAUUUGUGGCUGCGGCGGUGUGUGAGGGAGUAAGUAGUAUUUUUGAUGCUAUCUAAGCAUGACAGAUUCUUGUGUGCUCUGAAGUGCGCAUCCUUCCAACUUAUUUCCACCAGACCCGGAUGACUACAUGUAAUUCUAAAUUAUUUGCAAUGCACGCAAUACAAAAUUGAAAUUUGCAAUGCAAAAAACGCUAUACCAGGUUCCGCAACGAAUGCGACAUGGAGCUGCUGCAUCUUUGCAUGGACAUAUGGGAGUGCACAACUCCCCCUCCCCUCAUUUGAAUGACAUGAGCAGCAACACAAGCAACGCAAGAAAUAUGGCUUCCGCAUGACAAAUCUGCAGACGGAUUACAGCACUGUUUGAGGCUCCAAGUAGAUUUCUCAUGCAAACUGUGCUCGAGGGCAAGACGUGGAUUUGGUAUUUUGCAUUACAAAUGAGGGGGAGGGAGAGUUGUGCACUCUCAUAGGACAGGUGCUAUUAUUAUGACGAGUGCGAGCGGCACCAGUGUCUCGUUAACUGCGUAUGAAAUGCAAAAGCAUCGUACUAGUAUAAAUCGCAUGACAAAUUUCCUCAGCAUGAGAAAUGAAAUUUGUAAUGCGGAUUUAACUUGAGAAAGAAAUUUGUAAUGCAUGACUGCGAUUACUACGAGUACGAUACUUUUGCACAGGAUACUGCGCACGGGAGGACGAAAAUCCCCGGUAUGUUUUGCAAAUAUCGACCUGGGUCAACAGGAUAGUUGUGAUGCACGAUUCCAAGGACAAAACGAUCUGUGAUGCAUGAAGACAAGUCGCCAGCGUUUUUGUCGUGCUAGAAGCCAGUUUGUCAUGCGUUCCCCUGAUACGGAUGAAUUGUGAAUUCGUAACAAGCCCUUUAAGAAAUUUCUCAUGCCGUUAUGCCUCACAAGCGGCUACUCUGCGAUGGAAGGUUCAGCAACACAAGUUUCCAGGAGACCCAGAUCGAUAUUUGCGGUGCAUACUAGGUGCAGGGAAGCAAUGCUGGAAACUUGCGAGGAGUUGAAUUCUUUAACGCGGGAAAUGGUGAUUACCGAUCCGAGUUUAUUACCAGCCAGCGCGACGACGGUAUAAUGAUUUGUCUUUGUCAUGCUAGACGAGGUAAUAUCUUCAGAUGCGACAUACGCUAUAGCGCAAUACAAACAGCCGUAGAAUUAAAAACAACAUACUAGGUCACGACCUCUACGACCGGCAUCAACGAAGAUUCCGGUUUGUCUAUGCAAGAAAAAAACUAUGUAAGUGUACACUUGUGUUGCAGAACAUGCAACAUAGUUACACCUGUCAUGCCAGACAGCCAUGAAGCCCUCUACUUUUCAUGUGUGUUUUUCCUUACAAGCCACGCAUGACAGGUUUUCUCUGUCAUGUAAAGCAAAUUAUUUGUGAUGUUGUUCCUCAAAGAAAGUUACACUUACACACUUUUUUUCUGGAUAUUGUCCGUCCUAGCCGCGAUGGAGGUGGACUACCAGUGCAAUACUGUGAGGAAAAAUCCCCCCUCACCAUAUCGAAAACGAAAUUUGUGAUGCUCUAUUUGAGUACACAAAUUGACUUGUAUUGCUAGAAGGCCAAGAAAUGCAGACGAUGCCCCGUUUGCAGGCAAUUUGUCAUGCUGCUUCCGAUUUCCAGCUGCCUCCUGUCGUGCUGAAGAUGCAAGGCUUUCCCACGCAGCCCAGCACUACAGUCCGCAUCUUUUCCCUUCUAGCAUGACAGCGUGAUUUGUGAUCACCAAUCACGCUACACAAAUCUACCAUUGAGCAUGGGGAGGGGGGUUUUUCCUUCUGAUAUGCAAUCUGAAGUGCGGGAGAAACACCGCGAGUGGGUUGAAACUGUCGAGUACUGUGGCUUUGGUGGCGAUUUUGAUGUUGACGGUGGGGGCGGGUGGCGGGGGGAUUUUUGUUUAGGGAAAACAAGACGCAGGUUCAAGUUGAUCUAUCGGAUUUUUGCUUCGAAGAUGAAAUGUACUGAGUCAGCAAAUUCGAUAUCGUUUUUGUAGUACUGAGAAAUUAAUGGACAACAUUAACAAGAGGUGGAAGUAGCAAGUAGUAGUAGUAGUACAAGCACGCAAGGCAGAAGUAAAAGUGAAAGUCGUUUAGUCGCGAAAAAAGCUGGCAGAUGAAGAUCAAAACUAAAGGGUCAGACUGUGAAUAAAAUCGAAAGUGCGGCGAGCUCCUCAAAAAGCCCGCGUGUGCGUUUUAACCGAUUGCAAAAAUCGUAAUAUGGAACGCUGAAGAAUAAAUAGGAACUGGUCUCAAAACAGGCAUCAAACGUUAAUUAAAGUACUUAUACAUAGAAUAUCAGAUGAGCUAGGCAAACAGUACACAAAAUCAUGUAGGGCUAGAACACCCCAGUUGCAAUCGACGAAAAAGACGAAAUAAAUCAAUUUGAAUGACGCAGCGGAAAAAUCAAGAGCUUUGUAAGUAUAGUGAUUUUUGCGUUGAAACUGCAGUUUAUUAUGCUGCCACGAGGCG